AAACACGGCAGUAAGACGCGCCGUGUACACGCCCGUUAUUGACUUUGUCACACUUAAUUUAUUUUUUCUGCCUCUAAAUGCCGACGGCAAAUGUGAACAACAUCUAUAAGAAGAAAUGCAGUAAAUAAGAAGAAGACCUAUAAGUGGUUCACAGAUAUAAUCUCAAGUCUAAUCGUCUAUUAAAUAUAUUUAAAAUGGAUGCAUAUACAUUACCAACAUACUUUCCCCUAGCAUAUACGGAGCUACAGUUCUUAGCAUCGAGGCGGGCAGCUGCUGCAGCUGCGGCAGCAUCUGUACUACCAUGUAGCUCACCUGUCAGCAACCACAGCAACCAGGUACCCACAACUGAUGUAAGCAGCAGCUCGGUGCCAGUUGCUGUGUCUCCUGGAAUGCCUGCGCCGCUGGCAGACUCCAGCCUGGCCUCUACUUUAGCACCGACUGCGAACGGUCAAAGUCUCGGCGGCGCUGCCCCCAGCGGUCACCAUCAUCAUCAUCAUCAUCAUCAUGUUCAGGGUCACAGUGUAGGUCAGCAGCAUGAUUUUCAUCCGGCGUAUAGAAUCCCUAGCUACAUGGAACAGUUCUAUUCGUUGCAAAGAAGCAGCCCCACCGCCUCCUAUCAUGAUCCAUAUGCCAACUGUCCGCCAGCAUUUCACUUAGCCGGAUUGGGCUUGGGCUCCGGCGAGUAUUUAAGUGCACGAGGAAUGGGUUCCUUAAGCGAGCUGCAUCACGCGGCUGUCGCAGCAGCAGCGGCUGCUGCAGCGGCGGGCUCUUUGGCCAGUACCGAUUUUCAUUUUAGUCUGGAUGGCAAUGGGCGUUUAAGCAGUCCACGUCCACCGGGCGGUGGCAGUAUGCGCGCUAGUGUUAGCCGUAAGCGUGCGCUAUCCUCAUCGCCAUACUCGGAUUCAUUCGAUAUCAAUUCAAUGAUACGCUUCUCGCCUAACUCUUUGGCCACGAUGGUUAUGAAUGGUUCGCGGGCGAGCAGCGCGGCCAGUGGCUCCUAUGGCCAUCUAUCUGCCAGUGCCAUCGGCCCCAUAGCUCAUACGCCUCAUCUACAACAGCUGCAGGCCCAUCUACUACGCGCUAGUGCCGGUCUUCUGCACCCCAUGACCCCCCAGCAGGCUGCGGCAGCAGCAGCUGCCAGCUAUUCCAUGACUCAUGCCGCUAGCGCUGCGGCGCUUGGCUUGACCGAGGUCUCCAUUAAAUCCAAGGAGCUGGCCAGCCAACCCACAACGCCAACCUCGACUCCGACAAGUGCAGCGGUAGCAGAUGAAUCCGCGAUCAAGACAAUCAGUUCGAUUAAGAACUGUGACGAAGACAGCAUGGAUCGGAAAAAAAACAACAAUAGCAGCAACAAGCUUCUUGAACAACCAUCAUCUACAUCGGAGAGUGUUGCUCAAGUUGAGGCAGAUAGCGCGUCUGCAAAUUUGUUGGAGCGACGACAUCGUAAUAAGACAUUAUGUAUGGAUCAUCGGGCGCACAUCCACGAUGAAAAUCCAGAGCAUCCAUUUAACGAAUACGACUGCGCUACGGCGGAUACAACGGACAUUAAGGAUGAGCCGGGCGACUUCAUUGAGACAAAUUGCCAUUGGCGCAACUGCAGCGUUGAGUUCAUCACCCAGGACGAACUUGUUAAGCACAUUAACAAUGAUCACAUCCAAAGCAAUAAGAAGGCAUUCGUAUGUCGCUGGGUAGAUUGCUCGCGUGGAGAAAAGCCAUUCAAGGCACAAUACAUGCUUGUUGUCCACAUGCGUCGCCAUACGGGAGAAAAACCUCACAAAUGCACGUUUGAAGGAUGCUAUAAGGCGUACUCUCGUUUGGAGAAUUUGAAAACCCACUUACGCUCCCAUACAGGUGAGAAGCCGUACACAUGCGAGUAUCCGGGCUGCAGCAAGGCUUUUAGCAAUGCGAGCGAUCGUGCAAAGCAUCAAAAUCGAACCCACAGUAAUGAGAAACCGUAUAUCUGUAAGGCACCUGGCUGCACAAAGCGUUACACAGACCCCAGCUCUCUGCGGAAGCAUGUGAAGACCGUGCAUGGUGCCGAGUUCUAUGCAAAUAAGAAGCAUAAGGGUUUGCCUCUCCAUGAUGCGAAUUCCGGAUUGGAUAGGGAGAGGCGCAGAGACGGUCGGGAUGGUAAUCAGCAACAUCAGCAACAGCAGGAACAUCAGCAACAUCAGCAACUGCAAGAGCAGCAUAUUGACUCCAGUCCAUGCAGUGAUGAUCUGCAAGGUGGCAAGCCAGUCAGUGUGUCCAGCCCGACCAUUAAGUCGGAGUCCGAUCCGAAUUCACCUGGGCGAAUGACUGCGCAAGCGGGAUCCUCCACAGCGUCAGUUUCCGAUUGUUUAAUGCACAUAUACAGACAGGACGACCUAAACAGUCCUUCGGUGCCGACUCUCGACGAGUGUUGGCCCUAUGACGAUGAUGUGGAUGCAGUUGAUCUUCCAAUCGUGCUGCGUGCUAUGGUUAAUAUGGGUAAUGGAAAUGGAGCACCAUGUGCCAAUCUAGCACGUCAACGUUUUCGUAGUCGUCUACAAACUAAGGUUAUCAACUCGAGUAAUUCAAUGCUGUCUAACAUACCGGAGAGUAAUCAUCAUCAUCGGGCCAUUGGCAUAAUAGAGCUAAAUCAGCGCAUUACCGAGUUAAAAAUGGAACCGGGCACAUCGACCGUUACUCCACAGCCAAUGCAAUCGGGCCGGCUGUCCACGGGCAACUGCAACGGACUACAACUAACCGAGCUGCACAACCAGCCAAUGCAAGGUCAUAAUCGAGCACAGGGACAGGGCACGAACCAUCUUCUUCAGCAGGGUUACACUCAGGCGCAACAGCGCCGAGAUAGCCAAAACUCGAAUGCUAGCACAUAUUACUGUAGUAUGCAGAGUCGACGUAGCAGCCAAUCCUCACAGCUUUCAUCGAUGUCAACAAUGAGGGCGUGUCCAGUAUAUAAUACGGCAUCAGGCACGCCGUCCCUGUACGAUCCCAUAUCUCCAGGGUGCUCUCGUCGUUCCAGCCAAAUUUCGAAUGUGGUUACAGCGCAGCUUCCACAAAUCCCAGCCAGCAUUAUGAACGAUAACUCAUCAUCGGCACACGCCACAUCGACUAAUGCAGGCCAGCAAUAUAUCGCAGCAAAUGGAUCUCGCAACAGCACCAGCCUGCCACCUCCGCCAUCCUCUCAUUUGAUUGCCACACAUUUGCAGCGCUUUCAAUCGAACGAUACGAAUGGCCAUUACCAUAAUAACAAUGCGAAUCCAAGUCAAAGUCAGUUAACAGUUGGUCAAAGUGGAGGACGCUUUUCUACACCAAACGUUUUGCAGUCGCCGCCGCUUAACUCAAAGUAUCUCUAUGACGAGCUAAUUGGAGUUCAUCAUCAUCACAGACGUCAGUCAGAGCCGAUUAUGGCGCAGCUGAGCAUAGAGCGAAUGAGAAGUUCACCUACUUUCAAUCCUCAAGUCUUCCAUAACAACAUAAAUCGUGCCUCUUCCUCCACCACUAACACUGGCCAUAAGGAUUGCCCUGGCGAAAUAAAGACAAAAACAACCGCUAUAACCAAUUCACGAGAUCAUCAUCCUAAUGAAAAAAUUAAUUUGGAUGAAGUUGAAGAGCUUAUUUUACCCGACGAGAUGCUGCAGUAUCUUAAUUUGGUGAAGGAAACGGAGAAGCCCAAGGCGAAACCAUUAACUGAUGUUAAUGACAAGGCUUCGUUUACGAACAGUUCGCAAUAUCUCGAUUUGGUAGCGAAUGCUGGCAAUUCGCCCACACACGUGCCCAACUGUCCAUCGCCAUUUAUGCAACAGUUGAUGUCGCCUCAAUCGGGUCAUACGAUGUCAGCGCUUGGAAGUCCAUACUCCCAGCGAAACUACGAGCUAGAGGGCGGUAACAAUAGUGCGUACCGUCAACAGCAACGAUUGAAUACUGAAUCAUCCUCACAGUAUCCAUAUGCGCCAGGCCCAGCUCCGAUUGCAGGUGCAGUUCCACUUCCUGCUCCAGCCCCCAGUCAGGCACAUUCACUUCUACCAUUCGGCUCGCUUAGUUGCGAGCAACAGCAACAAAUUGCAUCGCAUCAAAAUCAAAUUAUUGAUUCAUCGAUGACCAGUCUGCCUGAACUAUCAAAUGUUGUUACUGUUAUUCCAGUUGAUCAAAAGCUUAAUAAUGUCAGCGAAAUACAAUGCGGGGUCGUCAGCCAAUCGCAGCUGUCGCCAACAGCAAAUAUCACAGGGAAUGGAAAUACGAAUGUCAAUUGUCCCAUCAGAAUUCAGAAUCAGAAUCAGAAUCAGAACCCAGGUGCAGCGAAGCCCAUUAGCGGACAAGCACAACAUAAAAUCCUGACGGACUACCAGACAAACAAUAUGGCAUCGAUGCAUUCCGAUACUUAUCAGCGUACCCUAGAAUAUGUACAAAGCUGUCAAAACUGGAUGGAGUCGAAUAGUAGUACCUCGAUGGGUAAUGUUUCACUAAAUACGCCAGCCACGCACAACAACCAUCAACCCAUUUGGCCCGACGUUAGUAGCUCGACGCACCCACAUCCAAGUACAAAUUUGAUUAUCAACGAUAUGACGACAUCCUUGAGCUCUCUGCUGGAGGAGAAUCGAUAUCUGCAAAUGAUGCAGUAGCAUUUAUUACAACAUAAUCGAUUUCGGAGGUGCCAGCGAUUAAGCCUGCCAUGCUGUACGGACAUAAUAUUAAAGUAGAAUUGAUACCUGCAGAAGUGAGGAUUGCAUGUUUACCUUUAAAAAGAUCUAAGUUUACUAUUUGUCAUAAAUUAUUUGAAUUUAUCGAUUCCAUAACCAAAUCUGCGACAUACAUACAUAUUAUCAUUUUUAAUACACAUAUACACACACAUGUACUUAUUUAGCCUCAGUUAAUUGAUAUUUUCGAGUAUUGUGUCUUAUUAAGAAUUAUUUAUAUUUUUAUUUAAAAAGCUACAUAUCGCUUUGACGUGUACUCCUGUAAUUGUAAUACAAGCGGAAAGCUUCAUAAUCCUUAAGCCAUUCAAGGAGAUGCAUUUCUUUUGUAAGGUAGCUGUAAUCAAACAAAACAACUAUUAUGUGUCUUCCCAAUUUUAAAUGAAUAGUUUUUAAUAUCUCAUCAACUUCAAAACAUCAAAAAUAAACAUUUAUAUAAUGUAUACUAUGC